AUGAGGUUCAGUUUCCCUCUUAUGGCCUUAGGCCUGGAGGUUACUAUGAUUGUUUUAUUUGCAUUAUUUGUAGAGUAUGAGGUGGAUCCGAUUGUGAUCAAGCAGGCCAAUGCCACCAAGCUAUCAAAAACGGACAGAUUCCUCCAGUUAUAUCCUCUAUUCCAAGAUGUGCAUGUGAUGAUAUUUGUUGGAUUUGGCUUCCUCAUGACCUUCCUGAAAAAAUACGGCUUCAGCAGUGUGGGUAUCAACCUACUUGUUGCUGCUUUGGGCCUGCAAUGGGGCAUUAUUGUACAGGGGAUCCUGCACAGCCGUGGACAGAAAAUUCAGAUUGGAAUCAAAAACAUGAUAAAUGCAGACUUCAGUACGGCCACAGUUUUGAUUUCUUUUGGAGCUGUCCUAGGAAAAACGAGUCCCAUCCAAAUGCUGAUCAUGACAAUUUUAGAAAUUGCUGCCUUUGCUGGCAAUGAAUAUCUGGUUGGUGAGAUAUUUCAGGCUUCUGAUAUUGGGGCAUCAAUGACAAUCCACGCCUUUGGAGCCUACUUUGGCUUGGCUGUAGCAGGCAUUUUAUAUCGAUCUGGUCUGAGAAAGAGGCAUAAGAACGAAGAGUCUGUGUACUACUCGGACUUGUUUGCAAUGAUUGGGACUCUUUUCCUUUGGAUAUUUUGGCCCAGCUUUAAUUCAGCCAUUGCGGAACCUGGAGACAAACAGAAUAGGGCCACUGUCAACACUUACCUCUCUCUUGCUGCCUGUGUGCUCACAGCCUACGCGUUUUCCAGCCUUGUCAUGCACCGAGGCAAGCUCAAUAUGGUGCACAUUCAGAACGCCACCCUCGCAGGAGGAGUUGCUGUGGGCACCUGUGCAGACAUGGAUAUUGGUCCCUUUGUGGCUAUGAUUAUUGGGAGCGCUGCAGGAGUUGUCUCUGUGCUUGGAUACAAGUUCCUGACUCCAUUUUUUGCUGCUAAAUUGAGGAUCCAUGAUACAUGUGGGGUGCACAAUCUGCACGGCUUACCUGGUGUGAUAGGAGGCCUUGCAAGCAUCGUGGUCAUAGUCAUGGGAAAAUCUAAACAGUCUACCAUAGCCAUGCAGGCAGCUGCUCUGGGUUCUUCUAUUGGAACAGCAGUUGUUGGAGGUCUUCUUACAGGUUUAAUUCUAAAGAUACCUAUCUGGGAACAGCCAUCUGACCAGAAUUGCUAUGAUGACUCUGUUUAUUGGGAGGUCCCUAUAGAAAGAGAACAUGACAGCCACUUCCAGGAUCACAACCCACUGGAACCUGAAGUCUAAUACCAUUGCUGUGCUCCAGCUUCUUUUCCUAUUAUAUGGAGUCAAGGUUAAAUAAAGAAAAAGGUAGCAUCUGAAGAGAGUACAGACCAGAGUGGACAGAUGCCAAUUCCCAUAUAGCCAAUCUAAAAAUGUCUGAGGAUGCCUCUUGAUAUUGAAAUGCUUGCUUAAUUGAAGGGAUGUGGCUCAUGAAACAGAUGGUCAAUGGAUUCUAUCCAGAACUCAGUAUGCUUUUGCCAGUGAGUAGGUACAGAGUGAUAAUCAAUGCAUAUUCUUGAAUGUUUCCCAAAGAAGUAGGUUACAUAGAAAUCAAUACUUGUUAGUCAUGUCAAUCUCUUAAUGUAGAUACAAUUGAUACAAUUCCUUCAAUCCCUAUGAUUAUAAAACUGAAGCCAAUGAAACAACAAUAUAUACAAGAAAUCUACAUAAUAAAAAUCAAAGAAAUGCUUGUAUAUAAAGCAGUAUUAUUAUUAUUUUGGGUAGUGCUUUUGUAUUUUAAUAGGUCACAUUAGUAAUGUUACAUUUUUACUUGAAUAUUCCUAUUCUUAAUUCCUUUUGCAUGUUUAGUAUUUGCAAUAAGAGUUCAAAUGCUAUAUGAUCAAAGUCCAUUUUGUAUAAAAUUUCAAAGAAUUAAAUGUUAUUAUAAAAUAAAGUAUUAGUCUUUAGAUCUCCUUUA